AUGAAGUCCUUUGAAGUUACAGAUCCAAUUGGUACCGCCUUGAGAGGGUUUGCUUUGGCGAACCCUCAGUUGCGGUUACUCCCUGAAGAAAGGGUCCUCUACCGUAGCAGUGACCCCAAUGCGGUUGCACUGCUUGCUGGUGGUGGAUCCGGUCAUGAGCCAACACAUGCCGGGUUCGUGGGCAACGGGAUGCUUACCGGUGCUGUCUGUGGUGAUAUCUUUGCAAGUCCAAGCACGGGGCAAAUCUUGAAGGGGAUUGAAGUUCUUGCCGAGGCGAAUUCGAACAAGGGUGUCCUUCUGAUUGUGAAGAACUACACUGGGGACGUGCUGCACUUUGGUCUGUCCGCGGAGAGAGCCCGCUCUUUGGGGAUAGAUUGCCAAGUGGUCACUGUAGGGGACGAUGUCGCCGUCGGUAGGGAGAAAGGUGCCAUGGUUGGUCGCAGAGCGCUUGCUGGGACUGUCCUUGUCCACAAAAUUACUGGUGCGUUUGCCCAACUGCAUUCUGCUGAACACGGACUUCAAGGAACAGCACAGGUGGCCCAAUUGGUCACUGAUAAUCUGGUGACCAUCGGUGCCUCCCUCGACCACUGCAAAGUGCCUGGAAGGAAGUUUGAGACUGAAUUGAACAACAAUCAGAUGGAACUUGGAAUGGGUAUCCACAAUGAACCAGGUGUGCAAACUUUGGAGCCGAUUCCAGCCACGGAGGACCUGAUUUGCAACUACAUGUUGCCCAAGUUGUUGGACCCCAACGACGCCGACAGAGCAUUUGUGCCCUUCGACAAGAACGACGAAGUUCUUCUGUUGGUGAAUAAUCUGGGUGGUGUCUCCAAUUUCAUCAUAUCCUCGAUUACGGCUAUUUCAGUUGACCUCUUGGAGAAGCACCACGGGAUUACCCCAAAGAAAGUCAUUGCAGGGACCGUGAUGACUGCAUUCAACGGUAACGGGUUUAGCAUCACUCUCUUGAAUUUGUCCCGGGCGAACAAGACCCUGCAACAGAAAUUCCCAGGCGUCACCGAUAUUGAAUCAUUGGUUAAUCUACGCACAGAUGCGCCUGGUUGGCCAAUUGGUGUUUUUGAACCAAGGGACCCUCCAAAGGUUAACCGUGAUCUACUGCAAACAAAGACUCAAGUGAAAGCUGUAGGCUCCUACGAUUUUGACCAACUCUCCCGCUGGAUGCAAGCAGGUGCUAAGGAGGUCAUCAAGUGCGAACCCCAUAUCACCUCCUUGGACACACAAGUUGGUGAUGGUGACUGUGGGUACACUCUGGUCGCCGGUGUCAAGGGGAUCACCGAGGAUUUGCCCAACUUUGCGGGCUCCACUCUUUCUGAGACCGUGUCUCAAAUUUCAGAAAACAUCGAGAAAGCCAUGGGUGGGACUUCUGGUGGGCUGUACUCCAUCCUAGUUUCCGGUUUCUCCCAUGGGUUAAUAAGCUUGUUGAAGGCAAAGGAUGACCCUGUCACGAAGGAAACAGUUGCCGCUGCACUGCAGACAUCGCUGGAGACUUUGUACAAGUACACGAGGGCAAGGAAGGGUUCAUCCACAAUGGUGGAUGCAUUGGAACCGUUUGUCAAGGAGUUUGCCGCCUCUAGGGACUUCCACAAAGCGGUGGAUGCCGCCGACAAGGGUGCCAAGUCGACUGCCACUUUCUCUGCCAAAUUUGGUAGGGCCUCCUACGUCGGCGACUCUGCCAACGUAGAGGACCCAGGUGCCGUAGGUCUUGUUGCAUUCCUACGUGGUAUCGAACAGGCUAUGUAA